AUGCUCAAUUACAUGGGUUUAAUCGAAGGAACAUUCGUCCCACCCACAGGCCACAAACUCCCUUCCCUCUUCACACAAACCCGGGACCGGCUACAAAUCGAAAAAUCCCGCUUCAUGAAUUUCGUGAAAUAUUGUCAAUCACACUUCAUGGCAUUCUGGUUCGUGAAGCCUCGAUUACAACUACAGAGGAGCAAGACUCCGAAGAUAGCGCAAGAGAUAUAUGAGGCGAUGUACAAAGCUCUCGCAGCAGGGGAUUUGAAUAACGAUGCUGGCCUAGAACAUACAUUAGCGCCUGGAUUUGCCAAAAGUUUGCAGUCGAGGAUACAUCAGAGAGCACAUGGAGAGCUCCUCGAAUGGAAGCUUCACAAGUAUCUCGAACGGCCGAGAUGUGUGGCAUAUGUGUUUGCGUUGCCGGAUGUCAAGGGGUCGAAUGAGAAGAGGACGGGGAUUAUGCAGGCUGUUGUGAGGAUUAGCAGUCAGCAGUCUUUGAUGCGUUUGAAGAGGAUGAGGGUUUUGGAUCCCGCGACCCAGCAAUACGUGGUUGCGGAUGUGCCGGUGGAUAGGAAUGGGCAGGCGAUUCCGGAAGAAAAGAUUCAGGAGGAAGAGAUGAAGAAUCGGAAGGAUGUGACGGAGUACCUUGUGCUGCAGAGGUUAUUGCGGCAGGGUGAGGUUGGUGAGUGGCAGGCUUGGGGCACGACGACUGAGACUGGGCUGCAAGAGAUCAGGAAGCAGAAAGAAGUCAAGCAGAAGAGAUUGCUUGGUGCUGCGUAG